UUUGUUUUAACUUUAUACUCUUGUAAUAUCAAUAUUGAAGUAUGUUUCAUACAUAAGGGGAUCUUGUCAUAAGAUUUGAACUGGUUUUAGUAAAGUUUAGACCUCAUUUCAUCAUGUCGUCAUUUUCAUUAUUCAAGUUCUUAUUUAAAUACGAUUUAAACGUAAAGCCUUGAUUGCUGUUUCCGUUAUCAAUUUUAUCAUGUCAUGACGUUAUCAAUGAAAGGUAAAGAUAACAAGGUCGACAGCAAACGUCAAAGCCAAAAUGUUAUCCGACAAAAAUGGAAAGUUCACAAGCGAGCUUUUUUCUGCAAAUUGUAAAAUGUAUGCUUACUAUUUUAUGACAGUUUAAGUUAUGAGGCUGUUAUUUUAAUCAUGCUCACCGUAAUAGUAGGAGCUAACUGUGAUUUUAUGAUAUUUGUAUUUUAUGAACAACUUAAUAUUUUAUACGAAGGUGACUUUUUGAUUCGGUCGGGUUAUAAAGCGCUUUAUUCGCCGCGGCAGUCAGCGCCAUUUUGUUCUCGUCCGCUGAAUGAUGCAAGAUACAAGUUUGUUUGCAAUAUUUGAACGUUAAUUUGUAUCAAGGAUUGCCUUAAACAGGAAAAACUCGAAAUAUUUUGAAGAAGACAUCAAGAAAAUGAGUGCUGAACCUGUUGAGUAUUUGGAAACUGAGGAGGUUUAUAUGCAGUUAAACCAAAAUGAAAUAAUGGAAACAGAGCCAGCAGACGAUAUAGAUGAUCACUGGGAACACAACAGCAUUAAAAUGCUUUUAAAUCUCUAUCUACAGAAUGUUGACAAGUUCCGUAGCCCUAAAGUUAAGAAAAAGAAUGUAUGGAUAGACAUAGCCAAUGCAGUUGGUAAGGGCCCAGACUGCUGUGACAAGAAAUUUCGAAAUUUGAAACAGACAUAUAUUAGAUUACUCAAGAAAAGGAAUAGAAAUGAGGUGGUUGUAGUAAAAUGGCCUUAUUUUGAAGUUUUUGAGAAGAUAUAUAAUGUGAACGGUGAAUACCAGCCAGAGAUACAGCAGAGGAUACAAGAGGCGAGCACAGAGAGUGUAACCAAAGCUUUAUUGUCUAUAGCCGAGCCCUCAACUUAUGAGCAGGACAUUCAAGAAAAUGGGGAGUCAUCAAAUGGACAGAGUGAAGAGUCUAAAAGGAAAUUAAAUAGAAGAAGAUAUGCAGACUUCAGGAAAAUUACGUUAGAAAUGAGAAAUAGACAGAAGACAGUAGAAGAGAAGUUAGAUAGACUAAUAAAUAUAGUGCAAGAAUCUAAUAGUAUACAGCGGGAAAGAAAUAGGCUGUUCCAACAAUUCCUUGACAAUUUACAUCAAAAUACUUAGAAAUUAAGUCAGAAUGAAUGACCAAGUGUGACUCCUGAGGAUGAGGUCAUGGAUUUUAUUCUCAGGUCAUGGACAAAGAAUAUUUGGGGCUUUGACUAAAAAAGGCCAAUAGUCAGAAAAGGCCUUGGGUCUGAAUUUGUGCCCAAUGCAUGUAUUUGAAAGCAUUAACCUUGCGAUCUAUCUAAUGGGUUUAAUGCUGAACUGGAAAAGUGUGAUGUUAUGAUAUAAUUUCUUAUAAUGAUGCCAUUGUACAUAUUAUAUUAUAAUAUUUUAAACUUAUGAUUGUUCAAAAUUUGUUUAUGAAAUAAUAAAUGAUUUUUAAUAAGUAAA